UGGCUGGAACGCUGGGAGAGCCGGAAGUGCCGCGCGCAGACAGAGUGAGGACGGGAAGAUCCCAAGUCAGAUUUCUCUGUUGGAGCGGCGCAGCGACCGGACACCGUCCACCGGGGAUAUCCCGCACCACAGCCGACUGCAACUUCGUUCCUGACAGAGGUUUUCUCCGAUCCCUGAAGAUGUGGAGGUCCGCUGUGGGACAGAAUGUCAAGGUGAACGUAGAUGACGGAGGGGACGACUGGGAGACGGACCCCGACUUUGAGAACGACGUCUCUGAGAAGGAGCAGCGAUGGGGGGCCAAGACGGUGGCCGGCUCGGGACAUCAGGAGCACAUAGACAUCCACCACCUGCGUGAGGCCGUGUCCACCGAGCACACCAGCCUGAAGCAGAAGGAGCUGGAGACCAUGCCCAAGGCCUCGCACGGCUACGGGGGGAAGUUUGGAGUGCAGCAGGACCGCAUGGACAAGUCUGCGGUCGGCCACGACUACCAGAGCCAGCUGUCCAAGCACUGCUCCCAGACGGACACGUCCAAAGGGUUCGGAGGCAAGUUCGGCGUCCAGGCCGACCGGGUCGACCAGUCCGCCAUGGGCUUCGAAUACGCCGGAAAGACGGAGAAGCACGCCUCGCAGAAAGACUAUUCCACUGGCUUUGGGGGGCGGUACGGCGUGCAGGCGGACCGCGUGGACAGGAGUGCAGUGGGCUUCGAUUACCACGGGAAAACCGAGAAACACGAAUCCCAGAAAGAUUAUGCAAAAGGUUUUGGAGGCAAGUUCGGAGUUGAGAGUGACAAGGUGGACAAGAGCGCCAUGGGCUUCGAGUACCAGGGUAAAACGGAGAAGCACGAGUCCCAGAAAGAUUACGUGAAAGGCUUUGGAGGCAAGUUCGGCGUGCAGUCGGACCGGCAGGACAAGUCCGCGCUGGGGUGGGACCACCAGGAGAAACUUCAGCUCCACGAGUCCCAGAAAGAUUACUCUAAAGGAUUUGGAGGGAAGUUUGGCGUCCAGAACGACCGCAUGGACAAGAGCGCCGGCACCUUUGAGGACGUGGAGAAACCCGCCCCGACGUACCAGAAGACCAAACCCGUGGAAGCUGCCGGCAGCAGCACGGGCAGCAUCAAGGCGCGCUUCGAGAACAUCGCCAAGCAGAAGGAGGAGGAGGACAGGAGGAGGGCCGAGGAGGAGCGCGCACGCCGGCAGGCCAAGGAGAGGCAGGAGCAGGAGGAGGCGCGCCGCAAGACCGAGACCGCCGAGGCCCCGUCUCCUGUGGCUGCGGCCAGUCCGAGUCCCGCCCCCAGCCCCACCCUUGCAGAGGCAGCGUUCCAGGAUGUUUCUGCAGAAAACGGAGAGCCGGUGUACGAGGUGACCCCCCAGAACCAGGACGCAGAGGAAAACCUGUACCUCAACCCAGACGAGCCAGCAGCAGCAGUAGAUGAUCAGCAGUUCGAGUACGGCGAGGACCUCGGGGUGACCGCUGUGGCGCUGUACGACUACCAAGCAGCUGGUGACGACGAGAUCUCCUUCGACCCCGAUGACAUCAUCACGAACAUUGAGAUGAUCGAUGAAGGCUGGUGGCGUGGCGUGUGCCGAGGAGCCUACGGCCUCUUCCCCGCCAAUUACGUGGAGGUUCGGCAGUAAGGAGCGGCGGAGGGCCAGCCCCUCCCCCGGAGGCGGAGCCUCUGCCGCGGUCUUCCCUCCCUUCAGCUCAUGUUCGUGAUUGGACACAGAGAGACGUCGUCGCUCCUUUUCCCGCCUCAGACCGGCUUUCAGGUCAGGCGGCCUCCGAUCUGUCAUUCAAGUCAUUCCACAGGUUUAGCCCCCCCUGCAUCAGCGCGCGUUUAUUACCCCCCCCCCCCCCCCCCCCCCCCCCCCCCCCCGGUGCAAUCUUCACCAAAGAGUUGGAGUUGGUUUAAAGAACAGCAGAAGAACGGUUCUGCUGAGAGGUCCAGAGCGUCCUUCCUAGCUUCUGUCCGCCUGCGUCUCCUGCGCCGUCUGCGUCGUCUGCGCCGUCUGCGUCGUCUGCGCUCCGUGCUCGAACCCUCCGCAGGAAUCCCUCGUCUCCGGCUGCUUCUGUGUUUUCUGGAUGUGAGGCUGCCGCCGGCGUUGAGCAGAUCCCGCGUGGAUCCCGGCGAUGUUCGGGACCCGCGCUCAUCCUGAGUCCGCCUCGCCGCAGUGCAGCUGAAACAUCCGCUCAUCUUUGGGGAAACGGAUUUAAAAAAGUGACCUUUUUCAAACGUUUGAUCUGAAACACCUCUCUGCUUCAGUUUCAUCAUUAUCUGCUCUUUUUUUUUAAAGUUUCAAUAAAUAAACGGAAUAAUAUUUUUUCUGUGCUUCAUUUGAACAAAGUGAGAUAUUAAAAUAAUCUGAAAUGAAGAUGAGGGGGAGGGGCUUAUGGCGUCUUUAACUUUAUGUACAUCCAUAUUUUUUUACUUGUUGCUUCCUUUCCCCUAAAAUGCUGUUUCUUUCAAGCCCGUGAGCAGAAGAUGCUUAACUGUAAAGCAGAGCAUGAACGCAGAAAACACGACGCCAUUUAUGAUGUUCAGAUCCGAAUUCUAGGAAAAUGUUUGGAUGUUUAAUGCACUUUCACUGUCUGAAUUAUCAAAAGAAAGCUGAUAUUUGAUGUUUUGGAGCCUCAAAUGUCCAAACGCAGCUGCUAAAUGCAAAGGUUUUUCCAAACGGAUCCCUUUUAAGAUGCGUUUAGACGUUCCUGCUUUCAGGAAGCCAGCAGCAGUUCUGAUCUGUCUUCAUGUUAACGUCUGAGCACAAAAACAUUCAAAGUCUCUUCAUUCGGUUAGUUUGGAUCCUUUAAAGACCCACUCUGAUGGAAAAAUGUUUGUAAAAUGUUCUUGUCCCAUUUUCUUCUCAUGGUUGACACACACAUAUAUACAUAAAAGGAUUAAAAUUGCA